AUGCUCUCAGCGGGCACCAUAGGCAAACUUGCAACCCUUCCAUUUCGACUUUUAUGGGUGAUAAUAUUGUACUACUUGGGCUUCCCUGCCUUCAGAAGAUACCAUAAUGACUUGAAAUCCUGCCUCAAAUUGACAAUCUUUAGAGAUGCCUUGGCAUAUAAAUUCUCCGAUUACAAGUAUAUACCCAGUUUUUCCAACGACUAUAUUAUCGGCAAUUUAGUGCCAUUUUUAUACAGAAUUAAAACAAAACUGAUUCCUGGAUACGGCACCCGCCAUGAUAACAACUCUCUUUGGCUUGUCAAGCAACCUGAGAGGAAACCCUCCGAUCCAAUAUUAAUAUAUCUUCAUGGUGGAGGUUACUUUUUGCAAACAACCCCAAGUCAGAUUGUGUCAAUGCUUGCUAUAUACAAGCUUCUUGAUCCUGAGGCUCAGUCCAGAUUGUCCAUUUUGCAUCUAGACUACAAAUUGACAUCAAAAGGGUUCCAUGUUCCUCAUCAAUUGAACCAGUUACAUGAAACAUAUGAAGCUUUAGUAAAGGCUGGAAGCACAAAUAUUAUCUUGUGUGGAGAUUCAGCAGGAGGAAACUUGGCUGUUGGGUACACCCAGUACUUGAAGAAAAGUGGGAGCACUUUGGUUCAGCCAACAGCAUUAAUUCUUAUUAGUCCUUGGCUUGACAUUAAACCUACUGACGACAAUUGGCAGCCCACUCGUUCAUAUUACGAGAAUGAAAAGCGAGAUAUGAUCAGAUUUGGUGCUUUUAAAGGCGAUAUGCUUAAGGAAGGUUUUGGAACGGUUGAUCGUAGUGACCCAAUAUACUGUCCGGCUCAACAUCCAAUUAACAAAGCAGAUUGGGACAUCGACUGCUAUAAAGAUGCCAACCAUAGCGUAUUCAUGGUAUGUGGUGAAGAUGAGUCGCUCAGAGACGAAGCUCUAAGAUGGGCAGAGGCAGUUUUGGAUGUUCCUUUGUUCUCGGCUGUCCUUUAUGGGAACUCAGAGGGAAAGUAUGAUCCUCGAAUUCACCAUUUCCAUCGGGAUGGAGAUACUAAGCAUUGCCGAACCGAUGUCUAUGUUGAACCAUGGGGUAUACAUGAUGCUGUAUUCGUUUUCGAAAACCCUGUCAUGAGUAAAAUCAAUGCAGCCGAGGCUAAAGGUCUUAAACUUGGGUAUGCAGACUUGGAUGAAAAAUACUUUGGUAUCAAGCGGGCGGCAAAGUUCCUCAAUGAUACUAUAGAUAGGAGCUAA